AUGGGCAAUCCAAGUGUGAGAAGUGAUGAAUCUAGGACUCAACAAUCAGUGUGGGUGUACCAGCCCGUGACACAGACAAAACUAAUCGACCACAGCCGAAAUGAAGGUAACGCAAAAAGUGCAACGACUUGCUCCCAUGAGAUCUCCCGUCGAUGCAUCCUCAACGUUAUCGGAAACGAGAAAUUGCACUUAUUCAAGUGUUCUAAGACGAAUGCAAUGUCUCGCUCGUACGAUCAACCAAUAAUCGACGUAAUAAACUACGUCUACAAGUACCAGCUAGACGAAGACGACGAAACACUCUGGAAAUGCGCCCGCACCUCCCUCCUCGACUCAAUGGGCUGUGCCAUCGAAACAGUCACAAGCAGCCCCUCAUGCCGGAGGUUCCUAGGCCCCAUAAUCGAGAAAACAAAUGUGCCGAACGGGUUCAAAGUCCCCGGCACGGAAUUCCAAGUCGACCCUCUCAAAGGCGCAUUUGAUCUGGGAAUCUUGAUCCGAUAUUUGGAUCACAAUGAUGCACUCGGUGGUGCAGAAUGGGGCCAUCCGUCUGGUGAGAGUUGCCCUGUGCAGGAACCCAUGGAUACCACUGACUGGUUCAAUGCAGAUAAUCUCGGCGCCAUCGUAUCAGUCAUGGACUGGCUUUCGCGGGCGAGUAUUGCAGGUGAUAUCGUUCACUAUGGGCCUCCGCUGACUAUGCAUACGCUGCUGAUUGCUUUGAUCAAGGCGUAUGAGAUACAGGCGUGUUAUCAGAUGCAGAAUGCAUUCAAUGCCUAUGGCAUUGACCAUGUCAUACUUGUGAAAUUGGCUUCGGGGGCUGUUGUCUCCUGGCUCCUUGGACUAACGGAAGAUCAAGCCAUGGCGACAGUGUCCCAUGUCUGGAUGGACGGUCAUCCAAGUCGGCUGUAUCGAAGCGGUUGGAACAUCAGUUCCAGGAAAGGAUGGGCGGCGGGGGAUGCGGCUAGGAGGGCUGUGCAGUUGGCUUUUAUGGUGGGUCAGGGUGCGGAAGGGGCGCUGGGGGCGUUGAGUGCGCGACCAUUUGGAUUUUUGGAGCGGACGUUUGGGGAUGGGUUCGUUUUUCCGCGUGCUUUUGGGUCGUGGACUGUGCGGAAUGUGUUGAUCAAGACUAUGCCUGUUGAGGGACAUGGGAUCUCUGCUGUUGAGGCUGCGGUUUUACAGGCUGGGUUUCUCCGACGGAGGGGAUUGGUUGAGCCUGCGAAGCAGAUCAAAAGGAUAUGCUUGAGGGUGACUGAAGCUGCGUGUAUGAUCAUCGAUAAGAAGGGACCGUUGUAUAAUGCUGCGGAUCGGGAUCAUUGCAUCCAGUACGUGGUGGCUUUGGCUUUGUUGAAAGGAAGUCCACCUGAGGCCGUGGACUAUUUGGACGAAAGCCCCUGGUCGAAAAGUGAAGAGCUGGAGAUUCUGAGGGGGAAAAUUGUGAUCCAGGCUGACUCUGAACUCCAGCGAGAUUACUUGGAUGUUGAAAAGAAGAGCAUUGGUGCGGGUGUGACGAUUGAUCUUGAAAAUGGCCUCAAGCUGCCUGAGAUAUUGAUCGAGUAUCCUCUGGGACAUGCACGGAAUCCUCAAACACCAUCUACAGUGCAAAGGAAGUUUUUCAAGAACAUGAGCCGUAUGUUCUCGGCGGCAGAAAUCAGUCGCAUGCUUGGAGCGGUUCAGCAACCGGAUAUGCUGAUCUCAGACUUCAUGGACCUUUUCAUUCCCUCAUCCACGUCGAAGAUGUAA